GGGUAACGGUACAGAUUUGUCAAAUAGCCCGUGCAUGGCAUGGUUGACAGGAUAGCUAACGAUUCGGUUAGGGAACUAGGGUGGACACUUUUAUCAGCCUGAAAAAGAAGUUAAACUGCCAGAAUAAGGAGUAACUCCGUGUCUUCUUCCCGUUUGACCAGCUGUCCUCACCCUGCGAGAGUGCGUUUUCACAUUUGUCAUUGCUCGGUUAGCUAACUACUUAACAUUACUCUUUGAAAAUGGCGGAUCUACCACCGGAGAAGAGCCUGGACGAUUUCUUUGCCAAGCGGGAUAAAAAGAAGAAGAAAGAAAAAGGAAAGGGCAAGGAGUCCGCUGCCGCCGCCACGUCGGCUGUGAUGAAAAAGACCAAGAAGGAAAAGGAAAAAUCGGCGAAAAACGAGAAUCAAGACGCACAGAUUGAGAAGGAGGACGAGGAAUGGAAAGAGUUUGAGCAGAAAGAAGUGGACUACAGCGGGCUGCGGCUCCAAGCUUUACAAAUAAGUGAUGAGAAAGAGGAAGAGGAGUAUGAGAAAGAGGAGGUUGGUGAGGAUGGAGAGAUCAUUCUGGUCAGUGGGGACAAAGUGUCGGGACCCUGGAACAAAUCUGGAGCUGCUCCCCCUCCUCCUCCACCUGUGGAGGAUGAAGAGGUGCCUGAGGCGAAGCCUGCUGGCGUAUAUCGCCCUCCAGGGGCUCGGCUGACCACUAACAAACGAAGCCACACCCAGGGACCUCCAGAGAUCUUCAGCGACGCACAGUUCCCCUCUCUACUGGCCACUGCCAAGCAUGUGGAGACACGCAAGGACAGAGAAAUGGAGAAGACCUUUGAAGUUGUGAAACACAGGAACCGUGGUAGAGAGGAGACCGGUGGCGCUUCUAUGCAGCACUUGCAACUUGACAACCAGUACGCCAUCCUUGGGGAUAAGUAGAGCCGCUCCCCUCCGUCCCCAGGCCCCUCCAGCACGGUCAUGCCCAGCCCCUUGAAGGAAGCUGAACUCCAGCUGUGUGGACUGCAGUCCUGACAGAGCUCACGCUGCCACCAUCACCACACUGGUUACUCACACAAACACACAGCCCUGUAUACACACACACACACACAGAGACACACACACACACACACACACACACACACACACACACACACACACACACAUAUAUAU